AUGUUUUUCUUUUCUUUUUUCCUAUAUAUAGUAAUAUUUUAUCUUAAUUUAUUUUAUUGUUUAAAUGAAGAUUAUGAGAAAAUAAAAUAUCCUCAAGAUUUAACAAAAAUAAAGUAUUAUGAUUCUUAUAAUAAAAUUGAUAAAAAAUACUUAUAUAAACAUGUAGGAAAACCAAUAUUACAAGAUCUUAUUAUAUCUGUUAAGAUAGAAAAAGAUAAGAAAGAAGAUAAAAUUUUAUUUUUACCGAAAAAAAAAAGUUUUUUAAAAAUAAAAGGGGAUUGGUCAGAUUAUCCAAAAGACAAAAUAAAAAUGAUAUGUAUAGCUUUUUUAUAUAAAAAUCAAUUAUUAAUCAGUAAAGAAUUGAAAUGCCCAAAUGAUAUAUUUUCUUCUCCAACAGUUCAUAUAGAAUGUUAUAAUGAAAACAAUUUUUCUAUAAAAAAUAUGUUUUUAUAUAUAGAAAUAUCACAAACUUAUAUUGAGAAAUUAUUUUCUUUAUUUAAUAUUCCCGUAGUUGUUAGCACUGAGAAUACUUUAAAAUAUUUUACUAAUAAUAAAAAUAAAUCUAAAGAACAAAAACAUAACUUAGAUUUGCAUUUGUGUUAUAAAUCCAUUGAUGAAUCACCUUCAUAUUUAGGAAAAGUCACUUUUAAUUCUUAUCCAUUAAAUGUUCAAAAAAAUAUUGAUGAUUAUGAUAUAAUAUACACAAAGUCUUUUUUAACAAGUAAUUGGGAAUACAAUAUUUUUGUUAAUGGGGAUUAUAUUACUUUAUAUAAUAGAGUGGUAUUUAUUGGUUUUCCAAGAGAAGAUUCUAAAGGAAGAAAAUGCCCACCUUUUUGGGAUUACGGAAUCUUAGGAUCAGGCGCUUUAAAUAAAAUAAAAAAAAAAAGUAAAAGUGUAUCAUCAUACAAUUCUGUCCAAUAUAGUUUUUCAGAUAAUAUUCCAAAUAAAUAUUAUAUUCCAUUCAUAAAAAAUGAUGAUUUACAAACUAAUGAAAAUUAUUUAAUUUGUCUAUAUUCAGACGAAAAUGAUUUUGAAGGUAUGGAAUUAAAAAAUGUACAUUUCUAUAUUAAUACAACCGAUUCUGUAAUAUUAAUUCUUUUAAUUAUUUUUGUUAUUGUAUUUCUUCCUCUUAUUUUUUCUUUAACAUAUUUAUGUGUUAUUGUCAAAAUGAAUAUUUUAAAAGUAAAAAUGAAAAAAUUGCAACUUUUAAACAGAAAAAAUGAAAUUGAAGAAAAACUGAAAAAAGAGUUAAACUUAGAUCAGUACGAAUCAAUUUAA